UUAUUUUGAAUUUUAUCUUUAGCUUUGUUGACAUUUAUACCUACACCGGCUUCAUGUAUCAUGAACAGUAUCUUUUGGGACUCUCUUUACACUAAAUAUUAUUUUGUACACUACAAGGUCUGAAAAACAUAUGUGACAGUAAGAACACCAAUUAAGAUGGAAGAAAGACAGUAUUCAUCUCUGACGGCCCCUAUGGAUUAUCUACAGUACUGGUAUCAAACGAAUCCUCAGCAGUAUCAGCCCGAGCAGGUGCCACAAUACCACCAGAUGGUCAAUGCCACCCAGUAUACAGAAGAAAAGGUCAUAACAAAUUUAUCAGUACAUCAAGAUGUAUAUCUGGAUCAUCAUCAACAACAACAACCCCAACAAUUCCCCAUCCAGUCACCCGAUCCUCCGAUGACACCUGCCAAAGGCAAGAAGCGGGGACGUCCCCUUAAAAGUGAAGGAAAAGAGCAGACAGACGCUGAGGAGUCUCCAAAAAAAGCCAAGAGGACAUUGGACAGAUUCAAUGGAAUGUCGGCAGAGGAAGUCAUGACGAAAAAACUACCAGACAUCAUCACCCAUAACCUUGAUAUGCUAAUUAUUGGCAUCAAUCCAGGCCUGAUGUCAGCCUACAAGGGAAGGCAUUACCCAAAUCCUGGGAAUCAUUUUUGGAAGUGCUUGUUUCUCUCUGGGUUGACUGAUGAACAGCUUAACCACAUGCAUGAUCAGACGCUCCCCGAAAGAUUCGGAAUUGGUUUCACCAAUAUGGUGGAAAGGACCACGCCUGGAAGUAAAGAUCUCUCAAAUAAAGAGAUCCGUGAAGGUGGCCACCAACUUUUGGAGAAGCUUCAGAAGUACAGGCCUUUAAUUGCAGUCUUCAAUGGCAAAGGUAUUUAUGAAAUAUUUUGUAAGGAGAUUUUUGGAGUAAAGGCCAAGAACCUAGAAUUCGGAUUGCAGCCCUACAAAGUCCCAGACACGGAGACGGUUUGUUAUCUAAUGCCGUCAUCAAGCCCACGUUGUGCUCAGUUCCCUCGUGCUCAGGACAAGGUGCACUUCUACAUUAAGCUGAAAGAACUCAGGGAUCAGCUGAAGGGAGUGCAGGACCAUCAAGAGAUCCUAGAGACGAAAUACUCAUUUGAUCUGACUCUGGCCAAAGAGGAUGCCAAAAGAAUGGCAAUCAAAGAAGAACAGCAUGACCCUGGAUAUGAGGAAACCUGUGGCCAUGGAUCAUGGGAAGAACAACAGCAAGCAUCUGAUGUCCAUUCUCAUGGGACAGGUGACGGACAACCUGUGGACAAUGCAGCCGUUUACAGAACAGAUUCCAGACAUCAGAUGUAGCAGCAACAACGAAAAAACCUGAGAAGAGGUUAACGGAGAAAGAUUUAUGCCCUGUCAUUGUCUACACUGCAUGUACUGAGAAGGACCAACAAGGACAGUGUUUUUAUUGUUUUUUUAUAUUGAUAAAAUAUUUUGAUAUGUUUCGGUUAAAGGUAUGCUGAUAAUGAAACCCAUUUGUCAUAAUGGGUUAUUUAAUGUAUAUGAUUUUAAUUUUGUAUGUGUUCCUUGAACGCUUGACUGAACACAGAUUCUGAGAACAUUGAGAUGCAUUUCGUGCUUCUAAAAAACUACAUACAUAUGUUAAAUGACCACCAUUCACUGUUUCACAUUUACUGGAUUCAUACAUUUGUUAUUUUUCAUGUUCUGUGCAUAUAAUUGACAUUGACUUGUCAAUGUGCAAACAGAUUUGAAGUGAAACAACUCUGCACUGUUAGACUAUAGAAGAUUGUAGACUUCUAUAGUUAUAUGCCCUUAAUGCAUGGUUGUCCAAUAGUAAUGUUUAAGGCAUGCACCAUCUUACAUUAGACCUACAGCCCUACAUGGUGCUACUUUAAAACUGUUGGCUCAGUUUACCUCAUUUUUAAUAUUUUUGUGUUGUGUUGUUGUGCAUAUAAUUUAUGUGCAUGACUGAUUGUGUGUAAUAAUUAUAUUUGGUACCAUUUUAUACCUUCUUGUUACAUCAUAAUAACAAUACAGCAAUUUUGUUGCUGUGAAAAUGCAUUCUGUAUUAUGUGUGCCAUUAUGUAAGUCGUAUUUUUUAUUGUGGAUGUUAUUAAUA